AUGAAAACGCCAAUUGCUGUUGUUGGGACCGCGUGCCGAUUUCCGGGCGAUGUGGCAUCGCCUUCGCAACUGUGGGAGCUAUUGUCUAACCCAAAGGAUGUCCUGAAAGAUGUAAAUCCCAAGCGAUUAAACCUCUCCAGCUUCCAUCAUCACAAUGGAGAGCAUCAUGGGGCUACCGAUGUCCCGAAUAAGUCCUACCUACUGGAAGACGAUGUCUAUUGCUUCGAUUCUUCCUUCUUCAAAAUCAGUACAGCGGAGGCAGAGGCAAUGGAUCCACAACAACGGCUCUUACUCGAGACGACCUAUGAAGCACUCGAAACCGCGGGAUAUACGUUGAACCAGAUGCGCGGCUCAGACACAUCCGUCUUUAUUGGCGCGAUGACCUCAGACUAUCAUGACAUUCAAGCUCGGGAUUUGGACACAAUCAGCCGAUGGCAUGCAACAGGCACAUCACCCAGUAUUCUCUCAAAUCGCGUCUCGUACUUCUUUGACCUGAGAGGGCCAUCAAUGACCAUCAACACGGCAUGCUCCAGUUCACUGGUGGCAUUGCACCAAGCGGUCGAGAGUCUGCGAAAUGGCGAUUGCACAACCGCUAUUGUAGGCGGCGUCAAUCUCUUGCUUGACCCUGAGGUCUAUAUUAGUCAUUCCAACCUACAUAUGCUGUCCCCAACGUCAAGGUGUCGUAUGUGGGACAGGGAUGCUGACGGCUACGCCCGAGGCGAGGGGUGCGCCUCAAUCGUCAUCAAGACCCUGGAUCAGGCGCUGCAAGAUGGCGACGAUAUAGAGUGCAUCAUUCGGGAGACUGCGGUCAACUCGGACGGCAGAUCUGCGGGAAUUACGAUGCCCAAUCCGGAGGCCCAGGCCACGUUAAUACGCCAGACCUAUGAACGCAGUGGUCUGGAUCCUGUUCGGGAUCGUUGCCAAUAUUUCGAAUGCCACGGGACUGGUACCCAGGCUGGAGAUCCCGUCGAGGCACAGGCAAUCCAGCAGACGUUCUACCCGAAGGCCGUCGUUUUCAGUCCAAACGACAAGCUCUAUGUGGGGAGUAUCAAAACUCUUAUCGGUCACCUGGAAGGCUGUGCUGGUCUCGCCGGAGUGAUGAAGGCUAUAUUGUGCCUCAAGAACCGCAUCAUCACGCCAAACAUGCUUUUUGACGAUCUCAAUCCUAAAAUCACUCCAUUCUACGACCAUCUGGAAGUCCCAACAAGCACUGUACCAUGGCCAUCUGUAGCUCCUGACUGUCCCUUGAGGGCGAGUGUGAACUCGUUUGGUUUCGGGGGGACCAAUGCUCAUGCAAUUAUUGAGAGCUACAUACCCCACCAGUUGAAAAGCCAAGUCAGUUACUGCAAAGAGGGGACGCUUAAGAAGUAUGUACCUGUGGGGCCAUUCGUGUUCUCAGCCCAGACUCAAGAUUCCCUAUAUUCGCACGUUGAGCAAGUAGCCCAAUAUGUGAGUCGGAAUGAAGCAUUGAAUCUGAGUAAUUUGGCCUGGACCUUGGCCAAAAGAACCGCCUUUCCUUUCAAGGUCUCGCUCACAGCGUUAGGCCGAGAGGAUCUUCUCGGUAGGAUAGAAAAUAUCAUCCAGGAGUACAAAGGCGGCAAACGGGGUGAACAAAGUCACUUGCCAUGGAGGCAAUCACCCGAACCACAAAGGAUUAUGGCCAUUUUCACAGGACAGGGCGCACAAUGGGUUGGAAUGGGGCGUGAACUGUUACGUGCGUCUCCCGUCUUCCGCCAGUCGAUCGAGCAGUGUGAGCGUGCUCUAGCAAAUCUUCCUGACAGUCCCUCCUGGUCCCUGCAAGAAGAACUUCUGGCAGACAAACCUCUGUCAAGCUUCUCUGAUCCAGCAGUCAGUCAGCCGGUAACAACUGCAAUUGAGAUAGCUGUCUAUGAUCUCCUGUGUGCGUGUGGAAUCGAUGUCGAUGUUGUCGUGGGCCACUCAUCCGGCGAAAUAGUGGCUGCGUAUGCCCUCAAUAUCAUUUCGGCAGAGGAUUCCAUGAAGAUAGCCUAUUAUCGUGGAAUGCACAGCAAGCCAAUGAAGUUAGGCGGCAUGCUAGCCGUUGGUCUUUCCUUUCCUGACGCGAGCAAAUUGUGCUCUCAGUCGUCUUUUUCGGGUAGGAUCGCGGUGGCAGCGAGCAAUGGGCCCGUGAGCACAACUUUAUCCGGCGACUAUGAUGCGAUACUAGAGGCCAAGGCACUCCUUGACCGUAGGAAGAUAUUCGCAAGAACAUUGCAAGUCGACGUUGCGUACCACUCACAUCACAUGGUGCCAUGUGCUACUGCAUAUCUCGCAUCGUUGAAGGAGUGUAAUAUCCAAGUGAGAAUACCCAGGAGUGGCUGCACAUGGAUCUCCAGCGUCACAGGAAGCAGUGCACCAACAGAAGGGAAUAUUCAAGCGUUCUCCGCGACUUACUGGGUUGAGAAUAUGGUCAAACCUGUCCUCUUUUCGCAAGCUGUGGAGAGGUCAAUGUGUAGCGGCCAUAACAUCGGUGUGUGUAUCGAGAUCGGACCUCAUCCAGCUCUCCGUGGUCCGGUGCUGGAUACUUUAAAAUCAAAAGGGUGUUCGAGUGCUCUGUAUAUUUCAUUGCUUCACCGAGGACAAAAUGAUCUCGACGCUGCAUCAUGUGCAGUUGGCUCCCUCUGGGAACGUACGGCUGAACGUUUGGACAUGGGGCGGUUCCUCCAAAACAUUAAUAACCAACCCUUGCAGCUAAUAAAGGGAUUACCAGCCUACCCCUGGGACCAUACGAGGAGAUACUGGAGAGAAUCUCGCGUAUCGCGAAGAUACCGUCUCGAAGGUACACAACUGCACCCGCUAUUGGGCCGGCGGUCUGCCAGUGAAUUCCCCAACGAGAUGUCUUGGAGGAAUAUUCUGCACCUAAAGGAGAUGCCAUGGGCUCAGAGGCACAGCAAAAAGGGCCAGGAGGUGCUUUCGACUGCCUUUUACCUAUCUUCUCUAUUAGCAGCUGCUAGCUCUGCGGCUAUGUGCCAAUGCCUUGUGUUAGUUGAGGUCAAGAAUUUCGUUGCCAUAGAAGCUCUGACUUUGGAAGAGCAUGGCGAUGGUAUAGAAUAUAUCACGACACUACGAAUCUGUGAAGAACAUCUCGAGACACCUUCGAACGCCAGACUCGAUGCCGAAGCUUCCUUUUAUGCGGGCCUUAGCGGCGGAUCAAUAUUAACGAAGAUAUGCACUGCACGCCUAACACUCUAUGUCAGCCAAGCCAGCCGUCCUGAUUGUGACCAGUUACCCCCAAGGGCACAGUGUAAUCCCCUACUCGUGCCUGUAGAUGUCGAUGAUCUCUAUGAGUCAUUUGAACAGGCUGGCACUAGCUAUUCCGGACCUUUUCGGAGCAUAACCUCAAUGCGGCGAUCUCUCGAUGAAGCCACCGCUUCUGCGGUUUGCCCAGCCGAUAUUCGUUUUUCGGGUUCUGUACUUCAUCCGGCUAUACCGGAGGCAUCGUUCCAGGCAAUGAUGUGUGCCUUUGCCUCACCAUUGAGCAAGAGACUGCGCACGUCCUUGCAUGCAAAGGAGAUUCGUCGAGCUCUCAUUCAGCCUCACUUUGCUCUGAAGAGUCUGUCAUGCCAAAUCGACGCCUUUGUGACUGCAGUGGACAGUCGAGGGGUAGAAGGCGAUGUAUCUCUGUACGACCCGGAUGGAAACACCAUGGUGCAGAUUGAGGGCUUAGUCAUGGAAGGUGCCCAUCUACCCCAUGCUUCAACCGGCCAUAACCUGUACUCACACGUGGUGUGGGAGAGCGACCCUUUUGGAUAUUCGUUAAUGACCUCAUAUAAUACCCAAGAUGAGGUGAUGGCGUGGAGAGACGCAGCGGAUAUCGUCUCCUUGUAUCAUUUCCGAAAGCUGGUAGAUGAGAUUGAUCCACUCGAGUCUGCAGGGUUUCUCCCUCACCACCAACUUUUGUAUCGUGAGAUUAGCCGCAUUACGGAUGAUGGAACGGGCUCUAAAGACUACCUUAUUCAGCCACAUGAUGCCCAGAUGUCGGAAGAGACUAUACUGGCAAUGAUCGAAAGAUAUGCGGGGGUUGUCGAUCUUCAAUCAUUGCAUUCACUGGGUAUGGCCUUACCAGCAAUCCUGCGAGGUGAAAGCAACCCUCUUGGCAUAUUGAACGGUGGUAGCACCCCCGAGAGUUUAUUCCACGUUGCGGGGAUGCUUUCUCCAUGGAUGAAAGACCUUUGUUGCAUCGUCAAGCGUAUCGUACACAAGCAUCCCCACAUGGAUGUCCUGGAGCUUGAUGUUGGCACUGGUGCGAUCACUCAGCAGAUGUUGGAAGCUCUUGAUGAUAGGCUCUCAACUCAGCACCGCAAUCUACAUUUUAAGGCCAUUGAUCUUACCACGGGGAAUGAUGGUAAACAUGACAGCGACAAGUAUGACAUGGUCAUUGUUGCUAAUCUCUUCCAAGCAACGGACGUAUCUGCCAGUCUCUUGGAAGGUUGCCGCGCAAUGCUAAAGCCCGGUGGUUACCUUAUAUUGGGUAGACUGACCGGGCGAAUACCACUGUGGUUGCUGUGUAUCUGUGGGUUGCUUCCCCAGUGGUGGCGAGGAUAUGAUGACGAUGCCCGGACUUGGUCGGACAUGUCAACCGUUGAAUGUAACGCGCAACUCCUCUCUAAAGGUUUCUCCGGUAUUGAUCACAUCUUCCAUGGCUCAUUUCAUCCCUGCGAGGAUGGUCUUUCAGUAAUUGUCACUCAGGCAGUUAACGAUGCAGUCCUGACGCUUCGAGAGCCGAUGAAUUCGACCGGGCUGGCGCCACUGACGGAGACCGUGGUCUUCGUUGGGGGCAAGACACUCUUAGUAGCACGCCUCCUGCAGAGUAUUCGAAGGAUUUUCGCUGCAUCGGGUACUGCAACAGCCAUAGUGGAAGACUUUGACCAGCUGGACCUGAAUGGUCUCACCAAGAAACAUGCCAUCAUCUCCCUGGUGGAGCUUGAUGAGCCUUUGUUCGCCGAACGAAACUUCCGCGAGAGGGUCCUCAAUUUCAAAGAGCUUGUGGCAAGGUCGAAGAACGUCCUCUGGUUGACAUCUUUAAAUAUGCCAAGCAUAACUGUCGCCAUUGGGAGAGCAAUGAGAUUGGAAAAGGGAAAUGACAUCAACCUUCAAUUCCUACACUUGUCUACCACGGAGAACGUUUCGCCUUCCACUGUAGUGGAGGUUUUUCUGCGCCUCACAUGGUCUAGUGUCCCCAUGUUGACGGACGGGCAAAUGCUUUGGACAAACGAACCCGAGCUACACUGGGAUGGAUGCGCGCUGCGCAUUCCGCGACUGAUUUGGGACCAAAAACGAAAUCAGAGGUACAAUUCCGAACACCAAGAACCUCGUCCAAAGGCGCGUCACUCGCAGGCAUCGGUGAUUCUCCCGAGAGGGUUACUGGAAGGCUCGGUAGCUGUUCAAGUCAAAUAUUCCUGCCUCGUUUGUACGGAUGCCUAUCUUUGGUUUGGUACACGCCUCGAUGGAAAGGGAAAUGUAAUCGGCAUUUCUGAUCAGAUUUCAUCUGUCGUCCAAGCAAGGCCUGAACAUGUUCACAGUCUUGUCGAUGGAGAUGACUUAAGCCCAGAUACAUUGCGAGCUACUGCUAGCUUCAUCCUAGCACACCUGCUUUUGAACUUUCUACAUGGGCCAAUUCUCCUGUAUGAGCCUGAUGAUUUACUUGCUGCGGCUGUAGAGCAAGCGCGCGGGCCUGAGCACACCAUCUAUUGUAUCACUUCGAAGUCCAAGGAUAUCGCAAAAGGGUGGAUAGCAGUCCACCCUCACGCAUCGCGGCGAAUGGUUGAGCGCGUGUUGCCGCCAGAUGUUUCGACUUUUGUCGAUUUUGCUUCUUUCGAUAGCCAUGUAGCGGCCAUGCUUCGCAGAAUAUAUUCUGAAAAUCAUAUCCGGGCCGGGGAACUAUAUCGUCGUGCGUUUCUUGCGAACCCUGGCCAAUUUAUCGCGGAUACCUAUGCUCAAGCAUGUACCAGCUUGUCGACUCUUCCACGGGUGGCUCUGGUAGUUACCUCUUCAACAAAAGUAUCACCAAACAAUCCACUGGUCACGUAUCCACAGGUGGUGGACUGGACAAUCUCUCCUCCGACAUCGAGCCAGGGUGAGAGCCCACGGACCGCAAACCUGUUCUCCCCAAGCGGAACCUACUGGUUGAUUGACAUGACAACACCACUUGGAUUAUCAAUUUUGAGAUGGAUGGCGAGGAAUGGGGCACGGACAUUUGUUCUCUCGAGCAGAAAUCCACACGUGCACGAGGCUUGGGUAGAGGAACUGUCUCGUCUAGGAGCCACUGUGAAGCCCUUGAAGAUGGAUACUCUGAACAAAAAGUCCAUUUUGUCAGCAUUCACCCACAUAAAGGAGACUUUACCACCUAUUGCAGGUGUCUGCUAUGCUCCCUUGGCUUUAUCCAACACAGGACUAGAGUAUACUGCCCAUGAUGAGGGUGGUCUUGUCGCGAAUGCUACGAUUAAUGCCGCAAGCUAUCUCGAUGAGCUAUUCCCCACACCAACACUGAACUUCUUUAUGAUUUUGACAUCCCUUGUCUCUGUCCUCGGUACCCCAAAGCAAGUCGCAUAUCACGCCUCAUCACAGUUUAUGGCAGGUCUCAUUCACCAGCGUAGGCGGAAAGGCCUAGUAGGGUCCGUGUUGGCCCUGGGUAUGGUUGUCGAUGCUGGGUACUUUGCUGAGCAAGGCAGGGAGGUGAUCCAGCGCAUGAUGCACCAUGGAUACGCGCCUCUAUCUGAAUCAGAUCUACAUCAUGCCUUUGGUGAAGCGGUAGCUGCUGGAGAACCUGAAUCCGAAGGGAGUGCAGAGAUAUUCUUUGGUCUACAAAUGAUAGAUUCCCAGGUUGAUGAGACCGGAGAAUUCCCAUGCAUCUCAAACCACCUGCUUUCUCACUUCACUGCUAAACACUCUGAAGCCAAACCGAGGCAAGACAUUGAACAGGUGGAUUCGUCAUCACUCCCUCCUUCUAGCCAACAGUUGGAGGAAUUGGAGCCAAGACGAAAUGCAUAUGACAUGUUGCUGGCGCGUUUAUCGCGCAAGGUCAAGUCAAUUCUUCGGCUUACCGAUCAAACAUUGGAUCUGCACACCCCACUACUGGACCUAGGCUGUGAUUCCCUUUUGGCAGUGGAUCUUCAGGUCUGGUUUGCCAAAGAGUUCGAUGUUGACAUUACUCCCAUGGAUGUACUGCUGGACACUGUCGCAAAGCUAUGCGAGAAAGCCUCCUUCCAGCCUGGCAGUCCAGGCCCAGUGUCGCAGGAGGAAGACUUACAUGCCAAAGAUGUUGAUUGCAUAGACCUGGUCACAACCGCAUCAAGCUCGGAACACGGCACCUCAGUCCAAGACCUGCCACUUGACGCCAGUACUUCGGAGUCGUCUUGUGCCCUAUGCCCUUCUGACUCCGGAUUUGAACAGGAACGGGACGUCUCAGAACCAAGGUUCACACGAGUUGAGAGAAUGUCUCCACACCAAUCCCAGAUCUGGUUCGCGGGCCACUGGAUGAAGGACCCUACCCAGUACAACGUCGUUAUUUCGUACAAAGUUCAGGGUAGUUUUAUGGUCGACAAAUUCAAACGAGCCUUGGAAGAGGCUAUCUCCCGGCACGAGUCGUUACGGACCGCCUUCUUUUCAGAUCCUAAUAAUGGUGACCUUGUUCAGGGUGUCCUGAAAAGCCCACCACCAUUCUUUGAACAUAUCACGACUGCAAGCGCCGCCUCUGUGACACAGGAGUUUGACAGGCUGGCCUCGUACCAAUGGCAGCUAGAACACGGUGAAGUCAUCCGAGUUACGGUGGUGUCUAUUGGACAGGACCAGCACACAGUCAUAUUUGCCUACCAUCACAUUGUUAUGGACGGGGCUAGUUGGUCUACAUUUCUACAUGAUGUGAAGUGUUUUUAUGAGCAGAGCCCACCAGAUGAGGUUGCGCAAUACGUGGACUAUUCUCUAAUGCUGAAUCGUGACAUUGAUAAUGGAGCUUUCGCAAAAGAGCUAGAGUAUUGGAAGUCCGAGCUUUCACCACCGCCAGAAGUAAUGCCUGUUCUCCCUCUCGCCAAGGAGAAGACCCGUACAGCAACAGAUAAUUUCAAGGUCCACACAGCGACGCGGUAUGUUAGUGUUGGAGUCACAGACAGGAUCAAGAAAGCCAGUCGCAGUCUUCGAGGCACACCCUUUCAUUUCUACCUAGCAACGUUACAGGUCCUCCUCGCCGAACUACUGAAUAUCGAAAAUCUAUGCAUCGGAAUGAGCGACGCAAAUCGCAAACACCAGCAGUUCAUCGGGACAGUCGGCUAUUUUCUGAACAUGUUGCCUCUGAGGUUUCACGUCCAACAAUCGGACAGCUUUGCGAAUAUAUUCCAAAAGACAUCUUCGAAAGUUCUGACCGCCUUGUCGCACUCUUCAGUUCCCUCCAACCUGGUUGUGGAUGCGCUGAAUAUCCCGCGCGUGUUGAAUGUAACACCUCUCUUCCAGGUUGCUAUAAACUACCGCGUGGGGGAGAUCACCAGGAUGUCAGUGGACGACUUUGACCUCAAUUAUGAUCGGAGUGUGAUGGGCAAUGCGCCGUACGAUGUCUCUUUCCAUGUCACUCCAUGUGCGAACGGCACCUGUAUUGUGGAGGUGACCUGUCGGGACUAUUUGUACUCGCCCACAGCCACAGCAUCAAUCAUGGAUGAAUAUAUCAGGCUCCUUGAUAUCAUGUCUUCCGACCCUUCGCUUUCCGUUCGGGGCAGUCUUGCCACUUUUUCUCCCAUCAAUGAGGAUGGCCUCUCGGUUCAACGUGGCCAGCGGGUGUCUCAUGGCUGGCCGUCGACGUUGGCAGAAAGGUUCCAGGAUAUCACUGAUCAAUAUGGAGAUAAGAUCGCCGUGACGGAUCAAACUGGUGAUUUCACCUAUCGGCAACUGUACGCUCAGAGCACCCGUAUUGGGGAAGCUCUUCUCCAAAGAGGAAUUCGAUCUGGAGAUACAAUCGCAGUCUUGUGCCCCCCAUCUAUGAAUUCGGUGGCGAGCAUGUUAGCAAUUUUCCGCAUCGGUGCGGUGUAUGUGCCCCUCGACCUGAGCCUCCCUACUGCAAGACACAAAGCUAUGGUCAUGGCUUCCCCCGUUACGGCAUUACUUUGUCUCUCUUCUACGUCUGAGAAAGCGUCAGAAUUAGGGAUAUCAACCAUUAUCAACGUCUCCGAUCUUCCAGACAGUCAAGCUCCGUCCAUAGAGUUCACAAACGGUGCAAAUGGUGAUUGUUUCUCGAUUUUGCUGUACACAAGCGGCUCGACAGGCCAGCCUAAGGGCGUCCGUCUGCCUGAGAGCGGUUUCAUCAACUACCUCGCCGCCAAGAGAAAAGAGCUCGGUCUUGAUAGCUCGACGGUCGUCCUACAACAGAGCUCACUGGGCUUCGAUAUGGGGCUUGCACAAACUUUCAAUGCCAUCAUGAACGGAGGGAAGCUUGUCAUUGUACCCCAAGACGUACGUGGGGAUUCGAUUGAAAUUGCAAGAAUUAUUCGUGACCACAAAGUAACGUUCACACUAGCCACUCCGUCGGAAUACCUCGUCAUGCUUCAGAAUGGUCGUGAAUAUCUCAAUCAUUACGCUGGAUGGCGGCACGCCUGUCUCGGUGGUGAGCCUUUCACCAACCAACUCAAGCGAGAGUUUGUGCGGCUGGGAAAGAAUUGUCCCGUGGUACAGGACUCCUACGGUGUGACUGAGAUUUCGGCAUGUACAACCUUCGAGACGAUGUCUGCCUUACAGCUGGAAGGCGCACGGAGCGUUGGAAGAACCAUUCCAAACACUUCUCUAUACAUCGUGGACGCGCAAUGCAACCUUGUCCCCACAGGGGAGCCUGGGGAAAUUUGUAUCAGUGGCGCUGGUGUUGCAUUGGGGUACCUAAAUGAGGAGCAGACUCUGUUGAAAUUCGUAGAGGAUCCAUUUGCUCUUCCAGAAGAUGUGGCGAGAGGAUGGACUCGAAUGUACCGUACCGGCGACAAAGCCAAACUACUCGAGGAUGGCUCUCUGGUCCUCUUGGGCCGAAUGGAUGGAAACACAGAGAUCAAGCUUCGAGGACUUCGCAUUGACCUCGAAGACGUCGCCUCCACUAUGCUAAACUGCCACCCGAAUCUGCUCUCAUCAGCCAUCAUGUGUGUCAAGGGCCAGGAUGUUUCAGAAAUCCUCGUCGCCUUUGUUUCCCUAAUGCCUGGACAGACUGCCACUGAGGCCGAGCUACAGCAUCUCGCCAGCGAUCUCCCCUUGCCACAGUAUAUGCGCCCGUCUACGGUCAUUUGCCUAGAUGAACUACCUCGAAACUCGAAUGGAAAGAUUGAUCGGAAAAGGAUAGAUAGCAUGCCGUGGACGACACCAGCUACCGCGAGCCAACCAUCCAAGCGGCUUACGUUGGGCGAGGGUGAGCUUAAGCUUCUUUGGCAGGUUUUGCUGCCUGGUAAGCAGAUCCAGCCCGAGUCUGACUUUUUUCUUCUCGGUGGAAAUUCCACGUUACUGGUCAGGUUACAAGGCACAAUUCGCACAUCCAUUGGGGUCUCACUGACUCUCCGCGAGCUGUAUGGAGCCAGCACGCUGGCGCAGAUGGCGCUCAAGGUGGAUGCUCGGAAAGCCGAGGCACCAUCAACAUCGAUCAAUUGGCUCGCGGAAACAUCUAUACCGCAAAACCUCCUCGAUUGUGCGACCGCAACGCCACAAGGUAUCGUACCUAAGCGGUACAAUGGGUCGGGUUGUGAGAUCCUCCUUACCGGUUCGACAAGCUUCCUUGGGAGAGUCCUGGUACAGGCUCUCCUCCAGGUACCUGAAGUGGACAGAGUGCAUUGUAUUGCCGUAGAAAAGGAGCAAGACCACGUCCUUCCCACCAGUGACAAGGUGUUGGUUUAUUAUGGGUCCCUUCUUGAUCCAACGCUCGGUCUUUCUACUACGGAAUGGGCGUCCCUGCAGUGCUGUAUCGACGUCGUGAUCCACGGCGGCUCGAACGGCCACUGUCUUAACACCUAUAACUCCUUGAAAGUGCCGAAUCUAGGCUCAACCCAUUGCCUCGCCCAAUUUGCCGUUCAGUCACAAAUCCCCUUGCACUAUAUCUCUUCCGGGAGGGUCAUCCUCCAGUCCGGGAAGACUGCCCUCGGGCCUACAUCAGUGUCUUUUCACCCUCCUCCGCUCGACGGGUCUGACGGUCUCACGGCAACCAAAUGGGCAAGCGAGGUCUUCCUCGAACGCUUCGCCGAACAAACUGGUUUAAGCAUUAGUAUCCACCGUCCCUGCACACCGAUCGGCGAUCAAGCUCCAGCCCAGGACGCACUAAACUCUCUCCUGCGGUACUCUGUCAAUCUCGGUGCCACACCCCGCCUUACCAGAAUGGAAGGAUACUUAGACUUUCAGAAGGUAGAGAUCAUUGCGGAUGAGAUCGCCACGCUAGUGAUGUCUAGGUUCACCAAGCGUUCGAAUGCACCGUCGUCAACCACGUCCGGAGUGUGCUUCUUCCACCACUCAAGCAAUGUCAAGGUUCCCGUGAAGAGCUUCAAAGAAUAUAUGGAAAAGGUGCACGGUCGGCCGUUCCAAGAACUUAGUCUGCAGGAAUGGAGCUCUCUGGCAUUGGACGGGGGCAUUGAGCCACUAAUUCCUAGCUUCCUGGAGGCCGUCGACGAUAACGAGGAAACUCUGCGAUAUCCUUAUUUGGGUCAAUAA